AUGGCCGUGGGUACAACAAACUCAAAUAGUGCAAUUUAUUCCGAAAUUCAAGACGCCCCGAAAGAAACAAAAGUUAAAUCUAUAUCUGAGGCCGUAUUAGCUCGUCACGCUGAGUACACACAGCUGCGAAGACUGAAGAUCAAAAUAGGUACAUGGAAUAUAGCAUCAUCUCUCGGCGCUGAAGACGAACUUGCAGUCUGGUUUGGGCCAAAUGUCGGCUCACCAACUGAACAUCAAUGGCCAAGCGACGACGAUUUUAGUAAUAACAAUAUCAGUGUAGGUCCUGAAACUCGAAGUGUAGACACCAAGGAUAGAGUUAAACCCUAUGAUUAUACCCACGGUGAAUAUAGAGAGGAAAUUGGGCUGUAUGUCCUAGGAUUACAGGAAUCAAUCGGAUUGAGUAAUGCUAGAGAAUAUCUCGGGAGGGUCUAUAACGAAUCAGGGUGUAUGGCCAGGUGGAGAAAAGCUUUGGAAAAUAUAAUUCCCGAAGGUUACGUACAAAUCAUGGGACAUCAGCUGUCUGGACUUUUAUUAUUUAUAUAUGCGUCGCCCCUUAUAGCGCCCAAGAUCAGUUCGGUGAACACCGUUAGUAUAGCCACUGGUAUGAUGGGUUAUCUUGGGAAUAAAGGAGCUGUUUUAACGAGAAUGGUGAUCGGAGAGACAACUCAAAUAGUGUUCAUCAAUUCUCAUCUAACAUCGGGAGCCGAACCUAUACAUCUCGAAAAGAGGUGCAACGAUGUCGCUCAAAUAUUACAAAAGACCAACUUUCAGUCAGCCAGGCCCGGCGAUAUUUCCGAGAACGCCCCAAUACAGAUUGGUGAUGAGGAUUUUGCAUUCUGGUUCGGUGACUUGAACUUCAGGAUAGAUGAUCUACCGGGUGAUGAGAUUAGGCGCCUCUUGAUGCUUCAUGCGACUGGUGAAUAUAAUUCUGAACAGUUUUGCGACGAGGACAUGAUACAGAAUUUCGAUGAGGAUGACGAAGCAACUUUCGUUAUUGAAGAUGAAGAGGAAGAGCACAUCUACGAAGUAGACGCUCACGCUUUAUCUAAAAAAGAUAAUUUAAUGUUACACCACCACAUUCUACCGAAAAAACUGGCGAAAGACUUGGGACAUGAUCCUGCAUCAUUACAAGCUACUCUUGAUUCUCUUCUACCUCAUGAUCAAUUACGGUAUGUUCAAAGAAAUAGAAAAGCUUUCCAUGAUGGCUGGUGUGAAGGGCGUAUAUCGUUUUUACCAACGUACAAAUACAAUCUUGGAGAAGAAUUAAUUUUUGACACCAGCGAGAAGAAGAGAGCUCCAAGUUGGUGCGACAGGAUACUAUACAGAACGCGCAAGGAUAAACUAAAAUACGAAGAAACACUCAGAAAAGAAUUAGCUCAAGAAAAUUAUAAAGACUUCAAGGAUUGUCAAAAAGACGACACUGAUAUGAAAGUGCUCUUCAACUACAAUCCGGAAGAAGAUGGUGAAGAUAACCCUUGGUCAACAGAAGUUAAUGAGGACAAAAAUGCUCAAAAUAUUAGGCAAAUCCAGGAUGAAGAUAAAGAAGAGGUUAUAUUGGAUACAUAUACAUCACACCAAAAAGUUAUUUCCUCUGACCAUAAGCCAAUAAAUGCUACAUUCACACUUUAUUACGAUGAAGCUAUUCCAGACCUCAAGGCGAAAGCACACCAGGAUGUCGUCCGAGAUUUUGACCGAGCUGAAAACGAGGGACGACCUGGAGUAACGGUAAUCAUAGAUGGUUCCAUGAAAGAUAAUUUCUCAGAUUACUCCUUAGGAAACAGCGGAAUUAUAGACUUCGGAAGAGUCGCUUUUCAGGAGAAGAAGAAUCGCCACUUGACUAUUGCAAAUACUAGCCAAGUAGCUACCACCAUUUCAUUUGUGGAAAGAACUAUUGCUGUAGAGUCAGAAUCACGGCACAUACCAUCCUGGCUGUCAGUAUCUUUCAUAAAUCAUGGGUCUCAAGAUGAUGAUAAAGUUUCAAAAAUAGGACAGGAUAGUAUAAUACUAGAACCAGGAGAAGCUGUAAGCGCCUUAUUAGAACUAUCAAUUAAAGAUAUUGAGCUCGUCAAAAAGCUGAACGAGACUGGACGACAACUCGAUGAAGUUCUUGUCCUUUAUGUCACGGGUGGUCGCGAUCACUUUAUUCCUUUGCGUGGCGAAUGGCUUCAAUCUUGUUUUGGUCGCUCUAUUGACCAACUCGCUCGUAUACCUAAAGGUGGAGUACGAGCUGUACUGAAAGAAAAGUCUGAUUUUCCGCAAACUAGAAAUCACGAGACUUGCUGCUCCAUACCUCGCGAACUUCUUGAGCUUAUAGAGACAGUGCUUUUUCUCACUGAACGCGUCGUUGCAGAGUCAAGCAUUCUUGAAAAUUUCUCAUUACGUCAAGACACUCCUGGAUGGCCUUUUGAACCGAGGAACUGGAUCAUUACCAAUAUCUCGACUCGAGAAACCUACAAAAGACUUAUUUUUGAGGCUCUAGAUAAACAUCAAAAACUCAGCGAGAUUCUUCCCGGAGAAACUUUUGCAUUUGAAAAGCUAGAAAUAAUAUCAGAAGUUCUCCUACUUUUCCUUUGCAACAUCCCAGAUAGAGUUAUCCCAGACAAAAUUUUGUCAGCCCUUGAGACAUCGCUUAUCCAGAGUGAUUGUUCAUUUGAAGAUAUAAAAGCACGGGUUCUAGACGAACUUAGUGGUAUUCCUAAUCACAGUGUCUCUUUUGUUUUCCUUACUAGCAUGCUCGCGCAAGUAGUGUCUGAACUGGCCUCAAUAGGCACAAGCAAUGAAAACCUGCCAAAUAAGAGUAAUGUCAACAAAUUCUCAAGUAGAAGGACGAUAUGGAAAAUACGGAGACCUCCUACUGAACCUCUGGAUCCUGCAAGUGUGAAACGAGAUCUCGUUGAGAAGGCAAUUGUCGAAGUCUUUCUACCGGCAAUCUUUCAGGAUAACGAAAAUUUGAGAGAGCGGGAUAGAAAAACUAUGUACGAGAAGAAGAGAACUAUAUUGAGAGCAUUUUUAAAACCUCCCAAUGUAGGGAAUUGA